AAAUGUGUUCUUAAAGUCCCCCAAGGCAUGAGCGGAUGAUGAGCGCUGGGCAUCCAAGUCACUCACACACGAGCCGGCAAAACUAGCUAGGAACGUCGUCCGGCCGCCUCGUUCUACUCUCCGGGCGCAAUCGAGAGAAUAUGUCGGAAGAACUGGCGAUGCUGGGACGAACUAGGGUACGCGGAGAUUCGUCGCAGUCUCACCAACAAACCAUUAUUGACUCUAGCCCGCAAAUGUCGAUUGAUGAUUUGUUGAAGGAAAUUAAUGGAGCCAGUGGCAUGCCGGUGCUCUUCGUCCCUUCCUCCGACGGGCGGCUAGUGGCCGUGUCGGUACCCGUGAAUGGCCUCCAGAAUCUGGCCCUUGCAAAUCGCGCCCACGACGAGUCUGCCAAAAAGAAGCAGCAGGAUUUCCGUGCCUGGCUACUGCUACUGGCUUCACUAAUUGCCACGGUCACCUUCACCGCAGGGCUCACCCCACCUGGUGGUUUCUGGGGCGAGGACAAGGAUGGACACAUCGGUGGUAACCCAAUUAUGCGUGACAAGUUUCCUAGGAGGUACUGCAUAUAUGUGGGAAGCAACAGGCUGGCCUUCUGCUUCUCCAUGGUAAUCAUUGGAAUACUCGCCAAUAACAUAGCUAACAAGCUGAGCAAACUCGUGAGGUUUUUUUUUUUCCAUUAUUGGUACCUUGUUGCCUUCUGAGCUUGACGACUAGCUUCAUCAGCGGCACGUGGGACUACUCUAAAGAUGAUACCUACUCAUGUGUUACGUUUGUAGCCGCUUUUCUCAGUUUGGCCAUUCUUUGGGGUUCGGGUUUGAUCGAGCCGAUAAUUGAAAGACACGAGCGAUCCACGGAAUCCUCCGCUUAAGAGGUCAGUUUGGUACUGUCGAAGAAACAACAAAAUUCAUUACAGCAGCCUGAAACCUGCAAACUUAUGUUCCUCGUGUGGUCAUGUUUGUACAUGUCCUUCAGUUGUAAGUGCAUAAGGACCCUUAUUUCGCAACUCAUUUGUAAGUGCA